AUGGCAGUAUGCCUUGUGCAUGGUGGUGUGGAGCCUCAGUUUUUCUCACAGAGGCUCUACAACCAGGUUUGUGGACUGCCAUCUCCAAAAGCUGAUCCCAGUGAAAUUGUAGACUACACAUUUAAGGAGAAGCUUCUCAAAAGUGUUACUGAGUCUUAUUCUAAAUCUUCCCCCCACCUCGGUCUGCAGAUGGACACGGAGCCUGGCUUUACAAUCGAACCUCCCGUCCAGACAGCCAGUGAAGCCCCAGCUGUCCCUAAUGGCUCAUCAGUGGCCCAAGUGAAAAGUGAGGUGCGCAGCAGCAGAGCGCUCACGUCUGAGCAGCUGGAGGCCAUAGAGGAUGAGGAGCUCCUGGACAGAAUGCUCGAUGAUUCCAAAGAUUUUGAAGAGCGGAAAAUGAUCAGGGCUGCUAUGAGAGAACUCCGAAAGAAAAAGAGAGAAGCCAGGUUGGGCUGUUCUCAGGAGGAGCUAGACCAAAGAGAGAAGGAGCGUGAGGUGCGUCUGCUAGAGCUGAGGCAGCAGAGAGAGGAGAGGAGCCAGAAGGCUCGAGGAGGUCCGGGAGCUGGGGAGGUAGUGAUGAAGAAGAUUGAGAAGUCUGCAGAUGGCUCCACCAUCAGUGAAAUCACAAAAACCAACCGUUUCGCCCAGUCAGAUGAUGGCAGCAGGGUGUCCCGUAGCACGAUCAUGGAAAGCACCUACACACAGAAGUCUGACAGAGGGACCAUGCAAACUAAAUCUUAUAGCUACUCCUCUUCUUCCUCCAGUUCCUCCAAGAAGGUUGGAAGCGUGUUUGAUCGCGAGGACGACACCUCGCGCAGUGGAGGCACCAUGGCUGCGCUGGAGCGCAGGCAGGCUGAGCGCAAGAAGGAGCUCAUGAGGGCUCAAACGCUUCCCAAGACCUCAACCUCUCAGGCCAGAAAAGCCAUGAUUGAAAAGCUGGAGAAGGACGGUGGAAGUUCGCCAGCUGUCCAGAUAAACAAGGUCCAGCGCUCCACUAGCUUUGGUGUACCCAAUGCUAACUCCAUCAAACAGAUGCUGUUAGAUUGGUGCCGAGCGAAGACUCGUGACUAUGAGAAUGUGGACAUUCAGAACUUCUCCUCCAGCUGGAGUGAUGGAAUGGCGUUCUGUGCUCUGGUGCACAACUUUUUCCCAGAGGCCUUUGACUACGCUGCCCUCAGCCCCAGCAAUCGCAGACAAAACUUUGAGGUUGCCUUCAAAACAGCAGAGGCCUUUGCUAACUGUAUGCCCCUGUUGGAGGUGGAGGACAUGAUGAUUAUGGGCAAGAAGCCAGACUCCAAGUGUGUCUUCACCUACGUGCAGUCGCUGGUCAAUCACCUGCGUCGAUACGAGAUGACCUGUCGAGCCCACUCAGACCACUGACCGCUUUUCUGACUCUGGCACUCCUCUCAGGCACGGCGCGGACAUCCGAAGGCCCGUUCCACACUCCACACUGUGCUGAAAGAAAGAACUGUUCCCUUACUGCUUUACCUUCAGGGCUUGUAGUCUUUCCCCGGGUUUCCACUUUAACUAGCCAGUGUGUACACCAGUGUCAGGGGACUCUAAUAAGCCAUAUUUCUGUACUUUAGGACAUACCCAUGUCCUAAUGUUUAAAAUAAAAGAAGCUGAUUCUAUUAAGAAAAAAAGCAGUAAGUUUAAUAUUAAAUCCCUAGAGUUCUAUGCCUAUUUUACUUCUCUCGUGCCAGUGGCAUAAAAGUGAAUUGAAGUGGACUGCCUAAAAAAACUUUAAUGGUACUUUUUUGCAUCUUAGCGGAAGUCAGAUCUGCAUGCUUCACGUGUUUACUUGAAUUCAUUUUUUUUUUAUUGUUUUUAAGCUUAUCUAUAAGGAACGAGUGACUGACUUUGGUAUGCGCACUGGUAUACAAAUAUAAUUUUCACUGCUUCUUCAUUUGACAGUUCAAACUCUUUUAACUGCAGCUGAACAUUUAACCACAUAUCUCUGUUUUAUUCACUGUCAACUGUUAAUUGGUACUCAAUUGUAAUGUAUAUUAUUGGCUUUCAAAAAGAAUGUACAGAGGAAAGACAUUGGCAUAGAAUUACAUGACCAUUCAUGCACAAGUCACAAUAGACAGUAUAGCUUAUGUAUUCCCCUAAUUUAUGGAUCAUUUUAAGUUGUUUUUUUUUUAUAUAUAUAUAUAUUCAGUAUUUAACAACACUUUGAAGCUAUUGCUAUCUUUUGUUGCUGACAAAUGGGUCCUCCGUCAGAUAAGUUGUCACCCUGUUUAUAGGGUGUUUGUAAUUCUUUAGCAUUUAUUUAAAUUUUAGACUUAGAGCCUACUGACAGAACAGUCCAGAAUUUUGAGCUGCAAUUAUGUACAAGAUUUUAAAGGAUUAUAUUUAUAUAUUUAGGACUUGAUCUAGUUUGUGACUAAUUUUGGUUUUGGAUUAGGAAUUGGUUUAUUUAAAGAAAUAAGAAGAUGAAGUUUGGGGCAGAUCUCAAAGCUAUAAUAUAUAUGGUAAGUAAUGGUUUGUUUAAUAGGAAUAGCUUUUAAUGGCAUCAUUUUAAACAAAUGAACUGCCUUGCAGAAGAAAACUAACUUUAUUUAAUUCAAUUUUUUUUAUCUAUUUAAAUGUAAUAGCACCUACUAGUGUUUAAUUUUCGGAAAUGUCAUUAGCACAGGUAAUGACAGGUAAUACUUUCGAAGAGUAUUCUGCUAAAUAACCAAUGUAAAAUCACAAGCAGUGUUUCACAUUUUUCUAGAUUUCUAUUAAACAAAGGUCACAUUUGUGAUUGAACAUGUCCUUGUGUUUGCUGGUUCAUUUUACGUUCUAUACAUCUUUAUCAUUUUCAUUUUAUUUACUAUGUAGUUUAUUUAUUGCCUUUUUUUUGUUUGUUUAACUGUAGCCAAUAGUGGAAGUUAGGCCUCUCCCAUAACUAGCAUUCGCACCACCUCACAACAAUGCUAGUUUGUGCAUUUGUGCCAUGCUGUUGUGGAAAGGUGAAAAAGAAGCCUACUGUUUUUCAUUCCAAAUGAAAAGAAACAGCAGUGGAUGGUUCUUUGACUAAUGUAGAAAUUCUAACUUGUAGGCCUAUUGACCUGUUCAAAACCAUAUCACUGCUCUACAGUCACUGCAUUGUGAAAUAACUUUCUUUUUAAGAAUAAAACACUCACUAAAAAGCUCAUUAAGGCAGUGAAGAUACAAUUCUAGUCCAUAUUGUAUUUAGUGCAAAACUGAAUUUGUACAGAAAGAAAAUCGACUGGCUUUUAGGGGCCAUCAUGUUUUAUAUGUUUGCACAGAAGAAUAUUGUUCACUCAGCAUUUCUGUACACUGCACGAAAAUAGGAAUUGACUAUUAAACCCCUAUAAGAAAACAA